AUGGUUUUCAUCCUUACUUUAGAGCAAGCUUAAAUAUCAAUAAAAAUUGAUAAACCAAGUUAUUUUCCAGGCGAUAUAAUAAAAGGAGUGAUAUAUAUAAAAGUAAAGACGAAAGAUAUAAAUGCAGGUAUUAUCUACCUGAAAGUAAAAAUAUCUGAUAUUUAUAUUAGCUUUGUGGCUAAGAAAAAGUUAACCAAUUAGAUUAAUAUAAUCAAUUUUUCAGUUUCAAAUAGUUCAUUUAUAAAAAAUAAAAGAAAAUAGCAGAUUUUGGAAAGUAUUGUAGAAUUAAACAAUAGAAAAAUGCCAAUAAUAGCCUGUAGGAAAUAUUUUGAGAUUGAAGUUCCAAAUCUUACACCUAGUUUUACAAUAAACUAUUAUAAAUAGGUGCAGUGUAGAAUCUUAUAUUUUCUCUCAGUUACUAUAUAAAGUGAAGAUGAGAAAUAUUUAUAUAAACCUCCAAAAAAGCAUAGAGUAGUAGUUCAUCUACUUUAAAGAGCUUAAUUAUAACCUGCUUUAUCAAUGGAACAUACAGGAGAAUCAAAAAUAGUAAAAAGAUGUUGCUUUCAGAGUGGGGUAACAUUGAAUUUUAAAUCAUAGGGUACAAAAGUUAAAAUAUAACUAAAUAAGCCAUGUUAUGUUUUUGGAGAAAACAUUAAUCUGGUUAUUCAAGUUGAUAAUAGUUAAUCAAGUUAUUCAAUUCAAAAAUUCAAAUUCUAAGUUUCUGCUCAAUUACUAAUUUUAUAUAAAUAGUAAAAACGUAAAUUAUCAAAUUAUUUUGAUUUAUUUGAUUAAGAAUUAAAUUGUAAAAAAUAACUACAUAAUAAUAGAGUAGAUACAAGCUGGUGAAUAAAAGGAGGUAAAAACAACAUUGAGUUUACCUAAUGGAAAACCUACAAAAAGCACUUCUAUAUUUCCUUAAAGUUCUAUAAAAACCAAAAGAAUUAUAUUUUAAUAUAUGAUAACAUUAAAAGUUAUUUUUGGAAAAAGAUUAUUUAUGAGUUAAGAAGAUUUAAUAGUUCCUAUUCCAUUAAUAUNA